AAAUCGCAUCGGAAAAGUCUCCCCUCCAUUCUUAUAGUAGUCCAUCCUGUCCUGUAUGCAGCUGUUGGUGAGCUUCGUUGUCUCUCCCUCUAUCUUUAUAAUUCUCGGCUGUUCAUUCCAAAUUCUUUAUUCUUCUUCUUAGGGAUGGCGCCGAGUCUCAGAGACCUUCAACUAACUUCAAUAUCAGGUCACCGGAAUACUUCAUCAACGGCUGUUGUUGUUGCCGCAGAAGAUUCUGAUGACCUUGAAGAUGUUAGAUUAUUAGAUUCUUAUGACAGAGAUGAUUAUAACAAUGUUGAAGAAGAAGAAGAAGGGAUGAAAAGAAUACAGGUUCGAGUAAGUGGUAUGACAUGUGCAGCUUGUUCAAAUUCAGUCGAAUCUGCUCUUCUCGGUAUUCAUGGUGUUCUUAAAGCUUCUGUUGCUUUGCUUCAAAACAGGGCUGAUAUUGUUUUUGAUCCUAAAAUUGUCCAGGAUGAAGAUAUAAAGGGUGCAAUUGAAGAUGCAGGCUUUGAUGCUGAGAUCCUUCAGGAAUCGAUAUCUAUUAGUUUGAAGUCACAAGAGACCUUAACUGGACAGUUCAGAAUAGGUGGCAUGACAUGUGCAGCAUGCGUGAACUCUGUCGAAAGUAUUUUAAGAGAGUUACCGGGUGUUAAAAGAGCAGUGGUUGCCUUGGCGACCUCUUUAGGGGAGGUUGAAUAUGAUUCAGCAUUCAUUAAUAAGGAUGCUAUCAUAGAGGCGAUUGAAGAUGCUGGUUUUGAAGCUUCUUUUGUUCAGAGCAGCGAACAGGAUAAGAUCUUAUUGACAGUAUCCGGAAUCUCCAGUGAAAUUGAUGCACAGCUUGUGGAAAGCAUAGUUGGCAACAUGAAAGGGGUCAGAGCCUUCCGUCUUGACAGGAUUCUCUUAGAUUUAGAAGUCCUCUUUGAUCCUGAAGUCAUAGGUUCAAGAUCCGUGGUUGAUGGAAUUGUUGCUGGAGGCAAUGGAAGAUUUAAAGUAAAUGUCAGAAACCCUUACACAACAAUAAAGUCAGGUGGCACAGAAGAAUCUUCAAAUAUGUUUAGGCUUUUCACCUCCAGUCUGUGUUUAAGCAUCCCAGUCUUUCUCAUACGUGUUCUCUGUCCCCGCGUACCUUUUCUUUACUCUUGGAUACUAUGGAGAUGUGGUCCCUUUCUAAUGGGUGAUUGGUUAAAGUGGGCGUUGGUGACAAUCGUACAGUUUGUUAUUGGGAAACGAUUCUAUGUCGCAGCAGCCAGGGCACUGCGGAAUAGGUCAACAAACAUGGAUGUUUUGGUCGCCCUGGGGACUUCAGCCUCUUACUUCUACUCUGUUGGGGCACUAUUAUAUGGUGCUUUAACUGGUUUCUGGUCUACGACAUAUUUUGAGACAAGUGCGAUGCUUAUAACAUUUGUGCUGCUGGGAAAGUAUUUGGAAAUUCUUGCAAAGGGUAAGACAUCUGAUGCUAUCAAAAAGUUAGUAGAACUUACACCUGCAACGGCAAUGCUAGUUAUCAAAGAUGCAGGAGGGAAUCUUGUUGAAGAAAGGGAAAUAGACGCAUUGCUAAUACAGCCAGGAGACAUAUUAAAAGUUCUUCCUGGUUCGAAAGUUCCUGCUGAUGGCUUUGUUGUUUGGGGUUCAAGUUAUGUUGAUGAGAGUAUGGUUACUGGUGAAUCGUUACCCAUUCUGAAGGAGAUAAACUCGUCAGUAAUAGGAGGUACUAUUAAUUUACACGGUGCUCUUCACAUACAAGCCACAAAAGUCGGGUCUAAUACUGUUUUGAGCCAAAUUAUUUGUCUGGUUGAGACAGCCCAAAUGUCCAAAGCUCCUGUUCAGAAAUUUGCUGACUUUGUUGCUAGCAUUUUUGUCCCCACAGUUGUCGCAUUGUCAUUCUUGACAUUGGUUAGUUGGUAUAUCUUUGGAGCAUUAGGAGCAUACCCAGAUGACUGGUUACCUGAAAAUGGCAAUCAUUUUGUCUUUGCCCUCAUGUUUUCAAUAUCAGUUGUAGUCAUUGCAUGCCCUUGUGCACUUGGACUGGCAACACCAACUGCUGUGAUGGUUGCAACAGGUGUUGGUGCCAACAAUGGUGUCCUUAUAAAAGGAGGAGAUGCUUUGGAAAGGGCUCAGAUGGUCAAGUAUGUGGUGUUCGAUAAAACAGGUACCCUUACACAAGGAAGGGCCACCGUUUCACAAGUAAAAGUAUUUUCAGGAAUGGAUCGUGGGGAAUUCCUUACUUUGGUUGCAUCUGCAGAGGCUAGCAGUGAGCAUCCACUGGCCAAAGCUAUCGUGGACUAUGCACGGCAUUUUCAUUUCUUUGAUGAUCCUUCUGCGGCGAAGGACUCAAAAAGUCUGAAGAAAGAAUCUAAGCCGUCUGGUUGGCUUCUUGAUGUGCAUGACUUCUCUGCUUUGCCCGGUAGAGGUGUACAAUGCUUUAUAAGUGGGCAAAGGGUUUUGGUAGGUAACAGGAAGCUGUUGACUGAAAGUGGGGUCACCAUAUCAACUGAAGUUGAAAGAUUCGUUGUCGAGUUAGAAGAAAGUGCAAAAACGGGGAUACUUGUGGCAUAUGAUGAAACUCUUAUUGGAGUUUUAGGAGUAGCGGAUCCCCUGAAGAGAGAAGCAGCUGUAGUCAUCGAAGGACUAAUGAAAAUGGGUGUCAAACCUAUAAUGGUUACAGGGGAUAAUCUGAGAACAGCAAUGGCUGUUGCUAAAGAGGUUGGUAUUGUUGAUGUGAGAGCAGAGGUUUUGCCUGCAGGAAAAGCUGAUGUCAUCCGUUCAUUUCAAAAGGAUGGUAGUAUUGUUGCAAUGGUCGGUGAUGGUAUCAACGACUCCCCUGCCCUAGCAGCCGCUGAUGUUGGAAUGGCAAUUGGUGCAGGGACAGAUAUUGCCAUAGAGGCAGCAGAUUAUGUACUGAUGAGAAAUAACCUCGAGGAUGUAAUCACAGCCAUCGAUUUAUCAAGGCAGACCUUCUUCCGUAUACGAUUGAAUUACAUAUUUGCUAUGGCAUACAAUGUAAUUGCAAUUCCAGUCGCAGCUGGAGUUUUCUUCCCACUCGUUAGGAUUACGUUGCCACCGUGGGUAGCUGGAGCAUGCAUGGCUCUCUCAUCUGUAAGUGUAGUUUGCUCAUCUUUGCUUUUGAGGAGAUACAAAAAACCUAGGCUUACCACUAUAUUAGAAAUAACUGUAGAAUAGAUGUAACCACGUGUGAACCUAAAAAUUAAAAAAAAAGAAAAGAAAAAGAAAGCGACAGGAUAGACGGUUUUGUCUUGAUUUUCUCUUCUGUACAUCAAUGAUGUGUCUUUCUGUAUCCUUAAUGUGUAGUUCGUAUCUUCCAUAUGCAUGGUGAUGCAGUUUUUUUUCUUCUCCAAUUCCAUGUAUAUUUUAUGUUCCCAUGUUCUUCCUCGUCUGUCACGUAGGGAAUGAAAUAAUCAAGAAAAGAGUAUAAGAAAAAAAAUCAAAUAAGAAAUUUUUUUCUGUA